AUGAAGAACAAGAAGGGUCGCCGCAGCCGGAAUGUAAGUCUGUUGUCUAAAGCAACUUGCAACGAAGACCCUGCUUGCAAAGCAAACGGAGACAGGCUUAGCAGGCUGCCCAAUGAUCUUCUUCUCAAUAUCCUGGAGAGGGUGCAGACGUUUGACGCCCUCAAAGCCUGCAUCCUCUCGAAGCAAAUGCUGAAGCUCCCCGCCAUGCUAUCGCAGAUUGUUAUCGAUGUUGGUUCCCUCUUCCCUCAUCCCGAUAGCUCCCGUGAAUUUGGCAUCCGUGAUGUGGCCAGAGUCAAUGGCGUUGUCGCUAAGGUAACGGAUAACAUCUUGUGGAUGAGGAGCCCAGGAAUCGCCAUGCGCAAGCUUAAUGUCAGAAUGGUCUUGAGGCAUUAUGACGUUCUCUCUGUUGGCAAAUCUUUUGCCCACGCCAUGGCAACCCAGAAGGUCCAGAAAGCUGAAAUUGAGUUCAUGACGGAGAAGGCUUGCGCGGAUUGCACAUCUGCCGAUCUCGUCGACUUUGCCAAAUGCUUCAACACUAUCUUUGCUGAUUGUCUGGAUGCAUUCGCUGGCCUUUGUUGCCUUACGCGCCUAUGGCUGCAAAAUAUGCGAUUUGGUGAAGGCGACGUCCCCAACGUCCUUAGCAUUUGCAAGCGGUUGAAAUCUCUGCGAUUAUCCUACUGUGACUCAGGGAUCCGUUCUGUGCUGCGUUUAGAGCAUGCUCAACUCGUUGACCUUGAGAUCGACUAUGGGAAGUUCGAGACAGUUGUGCUCAACUGGCUACCGAAACUCCAACAAGUGACCUAUAAUAACUGGCGCUCUUACGACGAUGAGCCCCUGUCUUUUGGUUUCGUCCCGCAGUUUUCAAAUCUAAGCCUCGCGAAAAUUGCUGUCCGUUCAGACAGGUGUCUAGAGUUGAGCCAGCUCCUUGCUAAUUUCCCCUCCAUAAGCCAACUGCAUCUGAAUUUUCGAAGUGAAAAGAUUUGGGUUCUACCAGAAUGUCCGAAACUGCUCAUGCCUAUUCUUGGCAAACUGCGGCUCGUGAAUCUGGAAAACCUUCCUGGAGGAUGCGAUAUUGCUUGGACAAUGUUCAUUCUUGAAGCUGCACCCGUCCUGAAGGAUCUAGGCAUCACAGUAUGGGAUCAUUGGUGCAUCAUGGUGACAGACAAGGAGCACCGGAAGGCGAGUGGUUACUGCGACAACGGAGACGUAGAGUGGAAGCCGUCUACUUCUAAUUUCAAGCAUAAGAAUCUUGCCAAGCUCACCAUCUAUGGCUUCCAAGCUGAUGAUAACUUCAUUCGGUACGUCAAGCGUGUCAUGCUUGCUGCGGUUAACUUGGAGGAGAUAUCUCUUCAUGACAGGAAGGUAUGGAAGUUUUGUAGUGACUCGGAUACCAAGACAAGGUAUCCACGGACUGAUGAGGGGAGGCAGCAUGUUAUAGAGGAACUGGGACUGGAUCUUCAUGCCGUGGUUCACUUCCGGUCCUAACUGAAAAAUGAGUGACAUUGGAUUACACUGAUCUAUUGUUUUGUGUGAAUCAUAUGGCAUCGCGCGCCAUGA